UUUGGAACCGGACCCACCCCCCACCUAAGCUCGAAUUAUCGGUGGUUCCUGCAUCUAAGGUAGCCAAAGCCAAGCCUAUAUCCAAGGUAGGUCCUACUUACGGCAAGCUUCACACCUUGUCAUCUCUGUCACUUGAUCUUUCAAACAGCGAGUUUGAGCCUGCUCGAUGCUGAGAAGUACACCUUGAUGCGCGGCCCCCCAGCGACGAGCGUGCGCUUUACGCGGGACCGGUUGGUCAGUGUUCCACGCCAAUUGCGACGACAGCUUCAUCAGCCUAGCCUUACCUCGGCGUUAUACACUGCUGUUACUUGCAGGAACAUUUCUGCACGACAGCAACAGCACUGGCCGCUGCAACAAACCACGUCGGAAUGGAGUUUCUGUGACAGACGGUUCUUCCACAACGGCUCGCCGAGUUAUGCAAAGCCUACAGCGCCUUCACGUUCCGCCCUUGAAGAACGAAUUCUUGCCAUUCCCAUCGAACGGUAUCGGAACUUUUGUAUCGUAGCUCACAUCGAUCAUGGCAAGAGUACACUGAGCGACCGUCUGCUGGAAAUCACCGGCACUAUAUCCGCUAGCGAUUCGAACAAACAGAUUCUUGACAAGCUAGACGUCGAACGCGAGCGAGGCAUCACAGUCAAGGCACAGACUUGCACCAUGAUAUACAAUCACAAUGGAGAGGAUUACCUGUUGCAUCUUGUUGACACCCCUGGUCAUGUCGAUUUCCGAGCCGAAGUAACGCGGUCGUAUGCGAGUUGCGGUGGUGCAUUGCUGCUGGUCGAUGCCAGUCAGGGUAUACAGGCCCAAACCGUCUCCAACUUCCACCUCGCGUUUGCUCAAGACCUUGCUCUUAUUCCUGUUGUCAACAAGAUAGACAUGCCUUCCGCCGAUGUGCCCCGAGUUCUGGAGCAGAUGCACACAUCGUUCGAGCUGGAACCCUCUGCAGCCGUUCUCGUAUCAGCCAAGACUGGCAAGAAUGUGGCCAAUAUCCUGCCCGCGGUUGUGGAGAAGGUGCCUCAUCCCGUCGGUGACAUUUCUAAGCCCUUGCGGGUACUGCUGGUGGAUUCGUGGUACGAUAACUUCCGGGGUGUCAUUCUUCUUGUUCGGGUGUUCGAUGGACAGGUCAAGGCCGGUGACAACCUCACCUCCUUCGCAACUGGCUAUAAAUACACCGUUGGUGAGGUUGGCAUACAAUAUCCAAAUCCUGUUCCACAAAGUGUUCUCCGAGCUGGACAGGUUGGCUACAUCUAUUUUAACCCCGGAAUGAAGCGCAUUCAGGAUGCGAAACUUGGCGACACAUUCACAUCCGUUGGGUCGGAGGACAUGGUCAAGCCGUAUCCGGGCUUCGAGGAACCCAAGCCGAUGGUUUUUGUCGCAGCAUUUCCCACCGAUCAGGGUGACUAUACACGCCUCGCAGACAGUAUCAGUCAGCUGGUUCUUAACGACAGAAGUGUUACCUUGCGGAAGGAUUAUUCCGAGGCACUGGGAGCGGGUUGGCGGCUGGGUUUCCUCGGCAGUUUGCACUGUUCUGUCUUUCAAGAUCGACUGAAGCAAGAACAUGGCGCCAGCAUCAUCAUCACCGACCCGACUGUGCCAACCAAAGUCGAAUGGGCCGACGGGUCGGAGACAAUAUACCAAAAUCCGGCUGAAUUUCCUAGUCAGGAUGAGCACCGGAUGCGCGGUGCAACCGUGUACGAGCCCUUUGUAACAGCCACAAUGACUCUUCCGGAGGAGUAUUUGGGCCGAGUCAUAGAGCUCUGCGAAAGUGUGCGCGGGGAACAAAAGAGUUUCGAGUUCUUCCACGCCACACAGGUCAUUUUAAAGUACGACAUACCUGCGGCUCAACUGGUUGACGAUCUGUUUGGUAAAUUAAAGGGCGCCACCAAGGGGUAUGCAACAUUAGAUUACGAGGAUUCUGGUUGGCGAGCCAGUCAGCUCACAAAGCUGCAACUUCUUGUCAACAAACAGCCCGUUGAUGCAAUCUGCCGUGUCAUACACAUCUCUCAGGCCGAGCGCCUUGGUAGGCAAUGGGUAACCAAGUUCAAAGAACACGUUGAUCGGCAAAUGUUUGAGGUCGUCAUUCAGGCGGUAGCUGGAAAACGCGUCGUUGCCCGCGAAACCAUCAAACCCUUCCGAAAGGAUGUGCUCGCAAAGCUUCAUGCUGCUGAUAUUACGCGCCGAAAGAAGCUGCUGGAAAAGCAGAAGGCUGGCCGUAAGCGUCUGCGUGCCGUUGGAAAUGUUGUCAUCGACCAGUCCGCCUUUCAGAGCUUUCUUUCCAGGUGAGAAACAUGCUGUCUUUGGGGGUGGCUUGCUCAGAGGAUUCUGUCUAAUGACAGCAUUUCAUGUGAGAGCGUCUCUGUUGUCUUAAAACAUGUAAAAGUUUGAUGUAGUCAUAUUUACGACCCUCGCAAUAAAACCAUAU